AAAUAAAUUGGUAUUUUCUUUACAGGGAUCUAUACGUUUCUUGGUCCUCAAGUCGAGAGGUCACUCGGAUAUCAGAAAUCAGUUCAGAUCUUUGAGCUUAAGCGCCAUGGCGACCGAAGAAGACGCCGUCCGACGCCGUACUGCACUCGCCGAUUAUCGGAAAAAGCUCCUUCAGCACAAGGAGCUUGAUGCUCGGGUUCGGACAGUGAGAGAGAACUUGCGGGCUACCAAAAAGGAAUAUGCUAAAACAGAAGAUGAUUUGAAGUCACUUCAGAGUGUUGGACAGAUCAUAGGAGAAGUGCUCCGGCCUCUAGAUAAUGAGCGAUUGAUAGUAAAAGCUAGCAGCGGUCCGAGGUAUGUGGUUGGCUGUCGCAGUAAGGUGGACAAGGAAAAACUGACUUCAGGCACAAGAGUGGUUCUCGAUAUGACAACACUUACAAUCAUGCGAGCACUCCCCCGUGAAGUUGAUCCUGUUGUAUACAACAUGCUUCAUGAAGAUCCUGGCAACAUCAGUUACUCUGCCGUGGGUGGACUGUCAGAUCAGAUCAGGGAGCUGAGAGAAUCCAUUGAGUUACCUCUAAUGAACCCUGAGCUUUUCCUCCGGGUUGGGAUUAAGCCUCCAAAGGGGGUUCUUCUCUACGGGCCACCUGGAACAGGCAAGACAUUGUUAGCCAGGGCAAUCGCUAGUAACAUAGAUGCCAAUUUCUUAAAGGUUGUAUCAAGUGCCAUUAUUGAUAAGUACAUUGGUGAGAGUGCAAGAUUAAUCCGGGAAAUGUUUAACUAUGCUCGUGACCACCAACCCUGCAUCAUAUUCAUGGAUGAGAUAGAUGCAAUUGGUGGACGUCGUUUUAGUGAGGGAACCAGUGCAGACCGUGAAAUCCAAAGAACGCUCAUGGAGUUGCUCAAUCAGUUGGAUGGAUUUGACCAGCUUGGAAAGGUAAAAAUGAUUAUGGCAACAAAUAGACCUGAUGUUUUGGACCCAGCUCUUCUUCGUCCUGGUCGAUUAGAUAGAAAGAUAGAAAUACCCUUGCCUAAUGAACAAUCAAGAAUGGAAAUCCUCAAGAUCCAUGCUGCUGGGAUUGCCAAACAUGGUGAAAUUGAUUAUGAGGCUGCUGUUAAGCUCGCUGAGGGAUUUAAUGGUGCUGAUAUGCGGAAUGUUUGCACUGAAGCUGGUAUGUUUGCAAUUCGUGCAGAGCGUGAUUAUGUCAUCCAUGAGGAUUUCAUGAAGGCUGUAAGGAAACUGAAUGAAGCAAAGAAACUUGAAUCAAGUGCUCACUACAGUGCAGAUUUUGGCAAGGAAUAAGCAUGUGGGUGAAUGCCAUGGACCAAUUUCAAUGGUCUUUGGUUUUCUGUACCAUUUGAGUUUGUUUAUUCUGUAUUUUAAAUUAUGUAAUGCAGCAAACUCUUUCUCUGAAAGCAGCUGCAUUUCUUGUGUUCUCAUUCUCAUGAUGUCUGUUUAAGGAUUGGUAGAAUAGAAUACAAUGGAUUUUUAUUUACUGGUUUUUGGUUGCUAUGUAAUGAAUUCUGAUUGGCAUUAGGCCCCCCAAAAAAAGUUUAACCACCUAGUGUAUACCAACAUGUGGGACUGGAAAGGACGGGGUGUAAUAUAGUAGAGGGAUCAAAUCAA